AUGGGCAAAUAUUCUACCAUACUCUGUCGUGCUGAAUGUGGCAAGCAUUACAUUCCCAACGAAGUCUACUCACCCGCAAAAUCGGUAGUCGAGUACAACAACAUACUCUUUACGGGGGGUCUCAAAGGAGAUACCUCAAAGUAUCUGGGCUCGACACCAGAGGUUGACGAAGCCUGGGAUGACCUCUACAACAAAGUCUUGAUCUCCCAAAUAUUACCGGAAACAGCGGCCAAGCUUCCCAACGCCACGACGAGGUUCUCAAACGACACCGACUACCACAUCGUGGAGCUCGAUGUCUUCCACCAGCUGCACUGCCUGAAUAUGAUGCGCAAAUUAGUUUAUCCCACAGCGUACCCGAUGGACCUGACAUCAGGCUCCGAGGAGGCUGAAGACAACAUCUUCCACAUGGAGCAUUGCUACGAGCAGCUGCGGCAGUCGCUGCAGUGCACGUCGGACCUCUCCACCAUUACCUGGCAAUGGAGCAGGAAGCAGGGCAGGUUCAUCGGGAAUGUGCACACGAUGCAUACGUGCAAGAAUUUUGACAAGAUUCACGAGUGGGCGGUCGAGAACCAUGCCGCGCAGGACUUGGAUUUCUACGAGUUUGUUGAGGGAGCGCCAAUCUUCAAAAACGAGUAG